UCGUCUGCUUCUCCUGUUGACUCCUCCAGCUCCAGUCAGACCAGUAAGACACUGCAGAUUCUCAGUGUCUUACUGGUUCCUCUGGAGAACAUCUGCAGCGGCUCUGUGCGGAUGAAGCUGACCGCUGGUUUCGGAACUUUUUCGGGGCCAUGACUGGAGCUGUUUGUGGGUUUAGUGGCUGCCGAAGGGACAUUCAGUGAACUGACUGCCUGCUGAUCUCAGGAGGAGGACAGGAAGGAGAGCAUUUGAUUGGUUGAGUCCAUGUGAGGCUUCGUCUACAGCAGAGAGAAACGAAGAUGCCGUCCAACAAAUCCGUGUCUGACGCUCCCAUCAGCCAGUUCACCAACUGCAGGAUCCUGAGAGAGCACACGCUGCAGAGGUACCUGCAGGGUCAAAGAGAGGACCUGUGGGUGCGCGAAGGGAAGAUUUUAGAUCCAGAGAAGUUGUUCUUCGAUGAGCAGGGCUACGCUGACCAGCAAGUGGACUGUGAAGCCAGCAUCAUUGCCCCAGGCUUCAUAGACCUCCAGAUCAAUGGAGGUUACGGCGUCGACUUCUCUCAGCCGUCCGAGGAUGUCACAGCUGGAGUUUCUCUGGUGGCCAAAAAGAUCCUGGAACAUGGCGUGACCUCCUUCUGUCCCACUCUGGUCACGUCCCCUCCUGCCGUCUACCACAAGGUUUUGCCUCAGAUCAAAGUUCACGACGGAGGACCUCAUGGAGCUGGAUUUCUUGGUUUCCACCUUGAGGGUCCGUUCAUCAGCUUGGAGAAGAAAGGAGCCCAUCCGGAGCGGUACCUACGAACCUUCCGGUCCGGAGGGAUUGAGGACCUGAUUGAGGCCUACGGCAGCCUGGAUAAUGUUGCCAUGGUGACACUUGCUCCCGAGCUGCCCCGCAGCCAAUCAGUGGUCAGGGAGCUCUGCCAGAGAGGCAUCACCGUGUCUUUAGGUCAUUCUGUGGCCAACCUGUCGCAGGCUGAGGACGCCGUUCAGCAUGGAGCCUCCUUCAUCACUCACCUCUUCAACGCCAUGUUACCUUUCCACCACCGUGACCCGGGCAUUGUGGGCCUCCUGACCAGCGAUCAGAUCCCAGCAGGAAGGACGGUGUUCUACGGGAUGAUCGCCGAUGGGAUUCACACGAAUCCCGCCGCCCUGCGCAUCGCCCACAGAGCGCAUCCAUCAGGGUUGGUGUUGGUGACGGACGCCAUCACGGCCAUGGGUCUUCCUCCGGGCCACCACACUCUGGGCCAGCAGGUCAUUGAGAUCCAGGGUCUCCACGCUUACGUGACAGGCACCAAGACGCUCAGCGGCAGCAUAGCCACCAUGGACAUGUGUGUGCAGCACUUCAAACAGGCCUCAGGCUGCAGUGUGGAGGAAGCUCUGGAAGCUGCCUCACUACAUCCAGCUCAGCUUCUGGGAAUCAGCCAUAAGAAGGGGAGUCUGGACUACGGUGCAGAUGCAGAUCUGGUUCUGCUUGAUGAUGCGCUCAACAUCAGAGCCACAUACAUCUCUGGAGAGGAGGUUUGGAGAAAACAAGCCUAGCUAGAAGAAGAGGGAGAAGAACCUCUGUGCCUUCAGAUUCUUUAGUAUUUGUCUUAAAGAGAUUUUGCAACAUGUUUUUGGUCAUGAUCCAGUUAAAUGUAACUGUGGUUCUGUUCCCGUCCUUCAGUUCAAUAAUUAUAUGUAACCGAUUAUCAGAAUUCAUUUGAUUGUGUGAUAAAAUGAGAAAAUCAGCUCUCA